CUUAUGCAACUGAAAACACAUCGCGAAAUCGGUGGCAAAGUACACAACAAACUGUUUUUCCCUCAUUUAUCGGCAAACUUGACGAUUGAGUAUUGUUCUGUGAUUUAUUAGUGGUGUUAUAUUAGUGCCGUUCAUAAAUAUUGCAAUGGGUGAAAAUCAAGCUGUAAAAAUGCAGCUGGGAGCGUUUAUUUUCUUAAUAUACCUCGUAGUUCCCGCCAUUUUUGCUGAAGACGUAAGCUACCAAGCGUGUGUUGAUAAAUACUCAAGAAAAGGCUACCAACCUUGGCAAGAAUGGUCUGAUCAUUACACGUGUCAUAGAUAUAGAUGCGAGAUUCGAGAUGGGAAGUACUUCAUAGCUGCUGUUGGAUGUAGAAAGCCGAAAAUACCGGAGAACGCAUUGGAAUGUCAUGAAUACAUUGAAGACGAGAAUGUUGAGUUUCCAACUUGCUGCGCUCGUCUAAGGUGCGUCGUGGAAGUGAACGGUGAAAGAAUUGUACAAACGAGAGGACAACCCGGUGAACUCUUCCCUGACAAGCCAUGGAAAGGCCAACAGAACGAGCCUAACCCAGCCGUGGUGGGAAUGAGCGGCAUACAGCAAAACACUGUCGGAGGUGAGCCCCAGGGUCAGCCCGCGCCAGGCAUCUUCAACAGUAGAGGAGCAGCGGAUGGCAACGAUAUUAAUGGACGGCGCUACGUUGACCCUUACCCCAACCAACCUAUGCAAGAGUCACCAAGAAAGAAGAGAUCUACGGUCUACCCACUGUUUGAUAAGACAAAUGGCCGUGAAUCCAGCUCUUACCAACUUCACCAAGUCAAAAUACACGGAUAUUCCCCUGAGAAAUAUACUUCUUACUUCACUAAUAAUAAUCUUAAAAGUUUAACAAAUCCUAAAUUGCCACUUAAUAUAAUGUCAUAACUAUAUAUUAUAUUUGUUAUUUGUAACAUUGCACAGUAUAAUAAAUGUUUACUAAUAUUUGUAUAACACUCUUGUUAGUAAGUGGUUUAUACAUUAGUAAUGCAAUUUCAUUUUAUUUUUAUCGUUGUUCUGUUUUCUUUUUUUUUGUUAUUAUGAUGAAGCAAUCUGUUAACCGCUGUAUUUUGUUGAAACAUUAUUAAAUGUUUGGUAAAUCUUA